AAAGUGAUUCUGAACGUGAAACCGACAUGUCGUUGUAAGCCGUUGACUUCAGCAGCGCCGCAUAACUACCACACUUCCCACAAAUUCACAAUAAGGAAAUUAAUCAGCGAGAACAAUGGCCGCCGCUUCCGGUAACUAUGCCGUCAACAACCCGGUUUUGGGCCCGGACUCGGACGCUCCGGACAAUCAGGGUCACGAGUUCGCCCAAUUCGGAUCCGGGUGCUUCUGGGGAGCGGAGCUGAGGUUCCAGCGGGUGGUCGGGGUGGUGAAGACCGAGGUCGGGUACUCCCAGGGCCACGUGGACAAUCCGAAUUACAAAUUGGUCUGCUCCGGAAGCACGAACCACUCGGAGGUGGUUCGGGUCCUAUUUGACCCGGAAGUCUGCGCCUAUACGGAUCUUCUCUCUGUGUUUUGGGAUCGUCAUGAUCCAACGACCCUCGAUCGCCAGGGAGGGGAUGUUGGUACACAAUACCGAUCCGGAAUCUACUUCUACAAUGAAAACCAGGCUCGUCUGGCCGAGGAAUCAAAGGCAGCAAAGCAGGCGGAGUUGAACGAUAUGGAGGUGGUGACAGAGAUCCUCCCGGCGAAGAAGUUUUACAGGGCAGAGGAGGACCACCAGCAAUAUCUCAAAAAAGGAGGACAAUCUGCCGAAAAGGGUUGCACUGAUCAAAUCAGAUGCUACGGUUGAUAAGUUCUGCAUGCAUUUGAUGCGAUAUGAUUGAAAAUCUUCCUGGGUCGUAGUCACCAACGAUAACAUAUGAUGCGUCAAUACUUGCGGAUUUUAAAUAAAUUAGGUUCGAAGUGGAACCAGAAAUGUAGUAAUGAAACAUUGUGGCAUCGGUUGGGAUUCAAGAGUUUAGGGUUUGAUUUUUGUGUA